UCACAUGACCGACCAAGAUGGCGGCGCUCAGGCGGCUGUGCGCGCUGCUGCUGCUGCCGCUGGUGCUGGGCGCGGGGAACCGCACGGGGCCGGUGCCCCUGGUCAUCUGGCACGGCAUGGGAGACAGCUGCUGUAACCCUGCAAGCAUGGGGUACAUUAAAAAAAUAGUGGAAGAAAAGAUACCCGGAAUCUACGUUCUGUCUUUGAAGAUUGGGACGACCAUAAUCGAGGAUAUGGAGAACAGCUUCUUCAUGAACGUGAAUGACCAAGUGACACAAGUUUGUGACAUGCUCACAAAGGAUCCUAACUUGCAGGGAGGCUACAACUCGAUGGGCUUUUCCCAAGGAGGCCAGUUCCUGAGAGCGGUGGCCCAGAGAUGUCCGUCUCCUCCCAUGUUCAAUUUGAUUUCCAUUGGUGGGCAGCAGCAAGGGGUGUAUGGCUUCCCUCGCUGUCCUGGAGAGAGCUCCCACAUCUGCGACUGGAUUCGAAAGAUGCUGGACCUAGGGGCCUACACGAAGGCUGUUCAGGGGCGCCUGGUGCAGGCCCAGUACUGGCAUGACCCCUUGAAGGAGGAGGAGUACCAAAAAUACAGCAUCUUCCUCGCUGACAUCAACCAGGAGAGGGGCAUCAAUGAGCUGUACAAGAAAAACCUCAUGGCACUGAAGAAGUUUGUGAUGGUGAAAUUCCUCAAUGACACCAUGGUGGACCCUCCAGCUUCAGAGUGGUUUGGAUUUUAUAGAAGUGGCCAAGCCAAGGAGACUGUCCCACUGCAAGAGACCUCACUGUACACUGAGGAUCGCCUGGGCCUGCAGCAGAUGGACAAGGCAGGCAAGCUGGUGUUCCUGGGGGUGGAAGGAGACCACCUUCAGCUUCCUGUGGAGUGGUUCUAUGCCAACAUCAUCCCCUUCCUGAACUGAAGACGAAAGACGUCACCUCCCCGUGUUCUAUGCAGGGUCCAGCUGCUGAAGUAACAACUGCCCUUCGCAGAGUGACUCUGCCUCCUGUGUGCAAGCCUGGGAUUUGCACACACGGGGCUGCUAGUCCAAAUGAUUGCCAUGGGUUCCAUUAGAAGCAGCACUGAUUACUUUACAGUAGGGGAUGGGGAUUCUUGCAGUUGGGUUCUACAUCGCCCACGCAUGUGUAGAACACAAUGAACUCCACCUAACCAUGGUCAUUAGCUUGUCUAUUAACAAGUUUUAUGUGGCAUUCAAGCUUAGGCAUAUAGGUAACUGCUGAGCCACUUACAGUUAAGGAAGUCUUGAUUUUAACAGAGCAGAGGUGUGUUCUAGCCCUGUUGCCUUGCACAGUCAGGAGGCAUUAGUUUAAUAUUAACGAGCAUAACUAAUUCAGCAAAAGCUUGAGUGCCACACAGGGAACACAGCUACUCAGGGCUUACGGGUUUAGUGUCUGUGGGUGGGGGAAAGCUAGCUUGUGGAUGGGGGUAUGGAUAAAUGUAAUGGUAAUUAACAGCUUUGGAAGCUGCCAGCUGGUUUCAGUGGUAUGCUGGCUUUGUAUGUUGGUUUCACGUCAAUAAAGAAUGGAUUCUG